AUGGACAGUAUCCUCUUAUGCAAUUGUUCUUUGUUAAAUAUUGAUAUCAAAGACAUGCCAAAUCGUUGCAAGCCUGGAACGAUAUCUUACUUGUGUUCAGAUCACUUCUCGGAGGAUUGUUAUUAUCGUUCCUUUGGCUGUGAGCAAAAACAAGAGUUGGGAAAAAGCUCGAGUUACAGUCGUCGUCGUUUAGAGACAUGGGCAGUCCCAUCGAUCCACAAGAAAUUGAACCCUCGUUCCGGACCUGUUCCCGAAUUUCAUAUGGAUUUUGCUGGGAAGAGGAAGCGACCGGCCUUCGAGAAAAGAGAAAGGAAAAGGACAGUCAAGGCCCUGCUUGACCAAGUGAAGGAAGGCCUCCCCCAUGCAGAUACUGACAGUAGUAACCCCACAACUAUACUUCAUGAAGAGGUCAACAGCCAAAUGUCAUUUCCUUGUCAUUACCAGAGACACUUACCCCUUCAAGAUGUGGCUGAUGCUUUGCUGUCCUUAUCCCAGGUGGAUAUUAGUACAACCAGUACCCAAAGAACGGAUACCACUGAAAUGACAUCACAUUCCAACCUUCAAGAUGUGACUGACGCUUUGCUGGCCUUGUCAGGAGUCAGCGCCACGGCUCCCCCUCUAGAAGAUAUUACUGCCACGUGUACCCAAAAAAAGGAUACCACUGAAAUGGAGAACAGAAGUUCAAAGGCUUGUCAGACUCUGAAGAAGGAUGGUGUCCAUAAAAGAUCAGUUCGGAUUCAAACUAGACCUCAUGUGAAGACAAAAGCUACAAGUACUGAGUCGGUCUCAGUGGUAUCUGUCGGUGUACAAUGUUCACUUCUGCAAACACCUACUGUCCCCAUGGAGGAAGAGGAUAUCAGUGAACUUGACCCGGGCACUGACCAACAUUUGGAGUGUGAGAAAAAUGAUCCAACCUGGCUGCCCCAGGACAGAGAAGAGGAAAUUGAGGAAUUUGAGGAAUUUACAAAAUUUACAAGGGAAUCCACAUCUCCAAUGGAUGACCGAAAGUACCUUGUGUUUGAGGGUCAACUUUUGAAACUGUUUGCAACGUGUCCUGUGUGUUGCUCAGAAACAGUUGUCAGGCGUAGCUGUCAAGGAACUCUCUUGGUGAUCUUACAGACUUGUCAUUCCUGUUCCUUCCACCGUGACUGGACUAGUCAACCCUUUCUAGGGAAAUUUCCGGCUGGAAAUAUCCUUCUAUCUGCAUCAAUACUGUUUUCAGGAUCAUUGCCUAUUCGGGUGUUUACUAUGUUAGAGCAUUUAGGACUUGUUUCGAUGAGUAUGCAGUCUUUUUUCAAACAUCAACGCAACAUCUUGCACCCAGUCAUUGAGUCAGUGUGGAAAAAAGAACAGCAGGCUCUGAUCACUGGCCUGAAAGAGGAAGGAUCUCCACUAGUGCUGGGAGGCGAUGGCCGGGCUGAUACUCCUGGACACAACGCCAAGUUCGGAUCCUACUCCAUGAUGGACUUAAAGACCAAGAAAGUUGUUCAUGUCGAGCUGGUUCAGUCCAAUGAAGUAAAAAAUUCUAACGCUAUGGAAAAGGAGGGGUUCCAGAGGAGUGUCCAACUUUUGCAGGCAGAGGGUUUGACACUUAGCACUUUAAUAACAGACCGUCACCCUCAGAUCCAGAAGUUGGUGAGAGAAACCAUGCCAGCAGUCUCUCUUUAUGAUGUGUGGCAUGUGGCUAAAGGUCUCCGAAAGAAACUGGAAGCUUUAGCGAAGGAGAAAGAUUGUGAAGCACUGAGCCCUUGGAUCAAAAGCAUCGUUAACCACCUUUACUGGUGCGCCGCGUCCACCCCUCAUGGGGAUCCGGAGCUGGUGCUAGAGAAGUGGCGCUCCGUGAUCAACCACGUUCAAAACAUUCACGUGGGUCACGGAGCAAGGUUCAACGAAUGCCAGCAUCCCCUGGAAGGAAGCGAGGCACCCAAAAAGAAGUGGUUGAAAUGUGGCACCAAAGCUGCAGAGAAGCUUGGUCUAUUGUUGGAAAAGCCACGCCUAUUGAAAGACGUCAGGAAGAUCUCC